AUGUCCCUGAACCACACUCCACCAAUCACCUUCUAUCUCAUCGGUUUCUCUGAUUUACACUAUGCCAGAAUUCCACUCUUCCUAUGUUUCCUGAUCAUCUACAUGUUGACACUGCUAGGCAAUCUGUUGAUCAUCUUUGUCUCCUGGCUGGAUGUCCAUCUUCAAAAACCCAUGUAUUAUUUUCUCAUGAACCUCUCCAUUCUUGAGGUCUUCUACACCACAACGGUAACCCCUAAGCUGUUACAAAUCCUCCUGGGCUACUCUCACAAUAUUUCUCUGGCUGCCUGCUUCACACAAAUGUAUUUCUUUCUUUCUUGCGGUGGAACGGAGAGUGUUCUUCUGGCACUUAUGGCAUAUGAUCGCUAUCUAGCCAUUUGCAGACCCCUUAACUACUCAAAGCUGAUGCACUCAAGAGUAUGUCAAAGCUUAACCAUGACUACUUGGUGCAUCGGAUUUGUGGCCUCAUUAUUACCGACGGUUUCCAUUUCUACUCUUCCGUUUUGUUCUGCUCUAGCAAUUGACCAUUUUUUUUUGUGA